AAAUAAAUUCUCGUAAAUGUAAAUUGUAUAUCGAAAAUUAGGGUAAAUAAAAAUUUUUAUCAGUUAUUGAAUGAGUAAUUGCUCUAAAUAUUUUAUCUAUUUAAAAAUUGAUUUGACAGGCAACUCUUUCUGUAGAUAGAUAAAAAUAAAUUGAUUUUAAUUUUUUAGACUAUUAUCGUGUAAAGCUGAUUAGGUUAAUUUUGCAUUUGUACAGAAUUUUCAAAUCUAUCAUUUUAUCACAAAGAUUAGAGAUCACUUAUAUGUAUGUAAGUUAAUUUAUAAUUCUUACCUUUUAAAACAUUUAUUUGUGUCAUGAAUAUUCAUCACAUAUUGGUUGUCUGAAAUUAUAUUUUUUAAUUCAAAAUAUAUUUUUAUUGUUCAAAAUAAAAAUAAACACACUCUAUGGAAAUUCCUCACUGACAUUUAAAGUUCAGGAUAAUAAGUUGACAGUAGCUUACUACCAACUGGAAUUGAUUUUAAAGAAAAGGAAUCUAUUUUUUUAAUUAGUGAAAUUUAGUUUAUUCUCCUUCCGUUGGUACGACAGUUAACUAAAAUAAAACAAAUAAUACCAUUAUUUAGAAUUUUAUAGUGUUAUAUAUCAUGAACAAUCACAUAUAUUCUUUAAUUUUAAAAUUAUUAAAUCAUAUUUGAAAUAUUAUUGGGUAUUUAAAAAUCCCUUCUCGAAAAAUGGACUAAAGUUAUACUGACGUUAUUGUCAGAUAAUUUAUGGAGGGAAAUCGAACUAUUCCAUCAACCGUCUUUUAGAGUUAGGUGUUGUUUACAUUGUGCUUGGACCUUUAAAUUUUUAAAUUGUUGAUAUUUAAUUACGUAUAUUUUAAUAACAUGGCUCAACCUUCAGUUGCAUGUUUUUUUAAUGCAAGAAAACGGUCAGCAGCCGAAGAUAUUAAAAUAAAUCGUGCAAAAAAAGUGUUAUUACUGGACAAUGAAGACUCCUGUGGUGAGUUGGCUGAAAAUGAUAAAAUAAAUGUAGUUAAUGCAGAGAGUGUUAUAAAAGAUGUAUUAUGUCUUCAACAAUCGAAUGAAUUACAAGAAAAGGAAAAAAAUUAUCAAUCUAAUAAAAUUGUGAAUAACAGAAUUGCUAAUAGAGUACAAAAUAAAAAAGUUAUUGCUGUAAGAAAUAAAAACUUGAAAUCGACUUGCAAACAACCAGAUAUUCAAAAUUUUUUUAAUAAAAUGAAAAACGAUUCAAACAAAGUAAUUGAAACGACCGUAACCGCUAUUAAUGAAGAGAAAUCUCACGUCACACCACCUAGAACUCCAACAAAAAAUAUAAACGCAUUAGAUAAAGUCGGAGAAAAACCAGAGGGGCCUUCAUUGAAAGAAAUUAAACGAAAAUUGACAAGAAGCGCUCGCUUAGCUGAACUGAAAGCCUCAAUAUCCAGAUUUCAAGAAAAUUCUAAUAAAUUAAAAGAUAUUGAGAAAAAGACAUCUCAGAUUCCAGAGUCUCCCAAAUUGAAGACUUUCAAAACAAUUGAGUUGGAAGUAGAAAGCAGCCCCCAGAAAGUAUUCUCCCCCGAAAAGCAGUACCUGAGUCCUAAAAAAGACCUUGGCGCUCGACGGAAUCUAUUCAACCUACAGAGCCCCACCAAAAAUGCCGUUUCUCUUUGGACAGAAAGUUACGCCAAACAAAUAUUGGAAGAUACUUCAAAACCAUCACUUACACUGCCCUACAAAUAUAGGUAUAUAGCGGAGAUGUUCCGUUCUAUAGACGUAGUGUGUCAAAUUAUGUUCAACAGAAAGGAAACAAUCACAUUUAGGAAAUUGAAACCCGCCGUCGAAGAAAUGAUGAAGAGAAAUUUGUUGGAAAAACAUUUGGCGCAAAUCAAAGAAGUUUAUCCCGGAGCUUUCAAAAUUUCGCAGGAAAAGUUGAAGGUCUUUGGAACCGGAAUGAAAACGGAACAAUGGGAGCUACUAGUAGUACCCAAUAUUGGAAACGUCGAUCACAUGACAUCCGAAAUCCUCCUACAAAGAAGACGUACCCUAUUCAAUAUUUUAAUCAAUAAAGUUAAACAUUACCACGAAGAAUUCUUACUGUCUUUGGUACCACCGAUGGUUGUGAAUAAAAACAACAUUUCCAGAUGGCAUCCCGCUUUUGAUAUAGAGAAAGUACCAGAUAUCGAAUGUAGUCCAUUGCCUCAACCUCCGGUCGAAGAUAAACUUUCAACUGGAAAAGACGUAUUGGACAAAGCUAUGCAAAUGUUUAAUUGCAAUAGUAGGAUGGAACAAGCUUUGAAAAAAUUAAAGGAAAUGAAAAAUGCGCAGACUAAUACGGAAGAAAAGAAGGAGGAAGUACUACCAGCUUCAGUAUUGAAAGGUAUACCUAAAGCCCUAUUGGAAAAGGUACGACAAAAACAGGCAGCGAAGGCGUUACUAUCUAUGACAAGAUCAGAAGAUAAAGAAAAAGAAUUAAAAACGUAUUCGCGUCUACCUGAAUUGGCUCGUUUAACCCGAAACGUUUUCGUAUCUGAAAAAAAGAGCGUUUUGCCAUUAGAUGUCGUUGUUGAUAAAUUGGGUAAUUGUUAUAGAUCACAUCUGACCAAAGUCGAAAUGGAGGAGCAUCUUAGAAUUAUUUCUAAAGAGUUUCCGUCUUGGUUGGUGUUCCACGUCGUUAGGAACGCGGUUUAUUUGAAGAUAUCCAAAAGUGAUGAUUUAAGUUUGAUCAUACAGAAACUGGAAGAUUUAGUUAAGCAAAAAAGUGAAAUUUAAUAUAAAAUUUUCGAUAACUCGACUGAUAUUUUUGAGUGUAUUUUAUUUAUUAUUAAAAUAAUUGGGUUUUUUCAUUUCAUUUUGGUAAGUACAAAAUACUUGUACUGUAAAAUAAAUAAUAGAAUGAA